AUGUUGCAUCUGAUUCUGGCCUUAUUCGUUUCGGUCAGCGGAUUCAACCACCUCGUACAUGCUAGUCUUAAAUUUACUAUUUCACAUCCUCAGGAAUGCAUAACGUUCAAUGUAACAUGGAAGCCUGAUGCGAGCGCAUUUCCUUACAGUGUAUACCUCUUAGUCAUAAAUUCACCGACAAUAAGUUGGAGAAUUGAUUCGAACUAUCAACCAAAUAGUUCCGAAAUCACGUUUCAAUACGUCUUACCGAAAAUUGGCCAAGAUUUCAAGAGCUUUAUUGUUGCUGUAGUGGACAACAAAGGCAAUGGAAACAAUUCCGAAGUGUUUGUACCAACCACUCUCAACAGACUUCCUUCGAAUUGCAGCGAUUUUAUUCUAAUUCUUUUAUGGAGAUAUGCCGCUGAUACACUAUCACCCAAUGGCACGGAUCCACAUGUUAGACCGCAGUGCUCGGUAGUACACUACUAUCCUGUACAUCCGCCAUUCACAGGAACUGGACCAUUUUCCAUUUCUUUGGUCCCUGUGCAAGAUAAGCCGAUCACGGUGAAUGUUCCGAAAUCAGCUACAAACAGUACAUCGUACUUUGAUUAUGAUAGUAUUCUACCCUUCAAGCAAGGUAAACAAUAUUACUCGUUUAUGUCUGAUGCGCUAGGAAGCGGAAGUGGCGGUGGUGGACCAUUGUACACUAUUAGGCCCAGUCAAAUUGAUUCAUGUACGAAAAAUUACUUCAAGCUGAGCAAUCAGAAUAAGACGCAUGCUUUACCGGUCGGAUCAGAAUUAACAUCAUUUCAAGAUCUUGCAGGAGCCGUUACUUCUGCAUCAGGCGGUACAAAAGUGGUGUAUCUCGGGAAUUUACUUGGUGGAAUUCUUAGCACUUUGUUUGGACUACUUUUAGUCGCCUUUAUCACUUAUAAAGUCUAUUGUAUGAUUCAAAAGAGACGGCAACAGCUGAACAGAAUGGAAGAUGCACAAUUCGUUGAUUUAGGCGAAAGCAUUUAUGAUCAAGGCCAAUCGACCAUGAAAUAUUCUACAAUGAUUUCACCUUUUCCCUUCGGAUCGGAUGAAGCUACUUAUGCUGAGCAUGUGAAUGAAAAUCGUGACGCAAUUGGCUUAAGAGCAAUGAGCAAGAGAGAAAGGUUGACCGCUUUAGGUACAUCACUUGGUGAUAAAAUCAGCAUAGGAUUGCGACGUGUUCCAAAGUCAGAGGCUUUAAGAUUCGGUUCGAACAAUAAAGUAUCUUUACCCAAUUUUAACAAUGAUGCUUCUCAAGCCCUUCUGGACGACGCAAACGAAUUAGCCGGCCAGUCUGUACCCAUGCAGCACGGUCAAAAUGAGUCACAAGGAAAUGAUGUGGACGAGUCUUUGCAAGUUCGAUCUGGUAGUGUGAAUACUUCAGCAACCAAUCCGAUCAGCACAAAUGUUGUCAUGGUCGAAAAUAAACUUUCAACAGCUGAAGCGAACAUGAGCUCGACGCACGGUAUUUCACCGACACCAAACAAUCCUGACCAGUCUGCAGGUGCGGAUCACGAGUCGAAAGUACGACAAUUUCCUUCUUUCAUGUAUUCAAGCAAUCAAACAACAGACUCUCGCUAUAAAGAGCAAUUUGACGCAGAGCCAAUGGAAAGAAGCCGCACUCUCUGA